AUGGAGACCAGUGUGGUCACAUCGGAACGCGAUCCUUUGCUGCCGAACGAGCCUUGUGUCGCCUCGAUGGCCACACCACCAAGAAGCCUCGGCAAGAAGAAGAGCGGCCACAUCCUGAACAGCGAUUCACGCAACAUGCUCUUCCACUGCUACACGUACUGGCGCAACAGGGAGCCUGAACGCAGCGUGGAGGACACGAGCAAGUUUGUCGCCGACAUGCUCGGUGUCGGCGAAAGGACUGUGUUCAGGAUCGGCUUCAGGCAUGAAACGAGAAGCCGCAACUCGCUGCUUAUCGACCGGGAUGACACCACCGAUUGGCGCAAUUGCUACCUCCGUGACGUGGAGCGUUAUCGGGCGGAAGACCGAAAGAUCUACCUGGACGAGACAUGGGUGACGGCGGGACACACUCGGUCGAUCGUGUGCACAGACACCGUGGUGCAGAAGCGUGGACGCCUGUUCGCUCGAGCAAAUGGCCUGACGACGGGUCUAAAACAACCUUCUGGGAAAGGUCAGCGCCUGAUCCUGACGCACGUCGGCAGUGAGGAUGGCUUCAUCGACGGCUGCUUAGAUGUAUUCCGAGGCCAAAAGACCAGCGACUACCACGAGGAAAUGGACGACAAUGCACCUUACCAUAGCCGGCGAGAAGAGAAAUUGCCGACGACGGCCUGGAAGAAGGAAGAGAUACAGGAGUGGCUCACAAGCAAGAACAUCACCUACGGUAAAAGGAUGAUAAAGAAGCAGCUGCUUGACCUGAUCGCAUCUGUAAAGUCACGCUUUCUGAGCUACAUCGUAGACAACACAGCUGUAAAGGCCGGUUGCAUUGUACUCUGGCUCCCUCCGUACCACUGCGAAUUUAAUGCCAUUGAGCCUGUGUGGGCCAAGGUCAAAAAUGGCGUAGCUCCGUACAACAGAGACCUCCAGCUGUCCACGGUGGACGCCAUCUUGAGCGAUAAAAUCAAGCAGGUAAUGGCGGAAGACUGGAGGAAGAGCAUUCCCCACGUGAUGGACUUCGAGGCAAGGUUCAGACUGUACACGUCUGGGAGUGAGCACAUUCAACCCAUCAUCAUCCAGCUGGGCGAAGAUGACACUGAAGAAAGCGACGACGACUGCGAGCUGUCUGGCAUUGAGCCACUCGACGAAGCAUAG